CAGCGUGGGGCAGCCGAGCAAUCGACCCAUAUGGGUCAGGCCGAGGGGUGGUGAAGCAACUCGGGCACUUUCCCAGGGAUGAGUCACAGGACGGCGGGAUCGGCCUGACGGGGCGCAGGCCGGCCAUGCAGCGGCGGCCCGAGCCCUCUUCAGUCGCGUGCUUCCCGGCGCCGAGGUGCCAGGAGGAACAGUCGCCGAAGCGCUCCGCUGCCCCGGACUCUCCGCCCGGGCGGCCCGGCCCCCUGCGCCCUUCGCGGUGCCGGCAUCGCUCGCGCCUUCUUCGCCUUCCCAAUGGAGCCCAGUGAAGCCCAGGACGGGAGCGGCGGGAGCAGCCCGGAGCUGGGCCGGAGGAGGCAGCUGAGCGUGGGAGAGCUGUGCUCGCUCUUCGAGGCUCGCUGCGCGAUGGCCAGCCGGCAGCUGCCGGAGCCUGCCCGGAAGAGCUGCCGGCCCCGCAACGGGGUGCUGCAGGCGGUUAUCCCGCAGCUGACCGUAACUUCGGAGGAGGACGGCGGAGAGGCGCAGCGCAGCCCUGCAUUGCUGCCUCCGACGGAGCCCAACGGUGCCUGGCUGACCACGGACAGCUCGCUGCACCUGCUGCAGUCCUCCAGGCGGCUCUCGACGUCGUCGCUCUCCUCCACGGGCUCGUCGUCGCUCUUCGAGGACUCCGAGGAUGACCUGCUGAGCGACACGGAAGGCAGGAGCCAAGGGAUCGUUCACUUGGAGCACGGCGAGGAGACUCACCAGAAAAAGGCAUGGCAGACAAUAAAGACAAUUGUCAAUUUGCCAGUCAUCAGUCCCUUCAAAAGGCGGUAUUCUUGGGUUCAGCUGGCUGGUCACACAGGAAGUUUCAAAGCAGCCGAUGGAGGGACGAUUCUGAAACGCUACUGUGAGAACGAGGAGAAAUGCUUUGAACUGCUGAUGAAAGAUUCAUUGCGUUCCUGUGUCCCUGUCUUCCAUGGUGUGGUGGAGAGAGAUGGCGAGUCCUAUUUACAGUUGGAUGAUCUUCUAGCUAAUUUUGAAGGGCCUUGUGUGAUGGAUUGUAAAAUGGGAGUCAGGACGUACUUGGAGGAAGAAUUGACUAAAGCCCGAGAAAAACCGAAGCUCCGUAAAGAUAUGUAUAAGAAGAUGAUAGAUGUGGACCCUUUGGCACCCACCGCUGAAGAGAACACACAUCAUGCAGUGACCAAACCUCGGUACAUGCAAUGGAGGGAGACCAUCAGCUCCAGUGCUAGUCUGGGUUUCAGGAUUGAAGGGAUAAAGAAGGCUGAUGGGACUUGUAAUACCAGUUUCAAGACAACAAAGACACGAGAACAAGUGUUCCAGGUUUUUGAGGAAUUCAUUAAGGGAAACACAACUAUAUUGAGAAAAUAUUUAAAGCGUCUGCGUGAAAUUCGUGGCAUCCUUGAAUCUUCUGUCUUCUUUAAGCAACAUGAGGUAAUUGGAAGUUCCCUGUUAUUUGUGCAUGAUGAGAGUGAACAUGCCAAUGUGUGGCUCAUUGAUUUUGGAAAGACUACCUUUCUUCCAGAUGGGCAAAUCUUGGACCACAGGAUGGCUUGGCAAGAAGGGAACCGAGAAGAUGGAUAUUUAUUUGGACUGGACAAUUUAAUUGAUAUCUUAGAAAGUAUGUUGGAGAGAUGAGAAAUACUAACGUGAAGUUGCUAACUUUUCUAGAAUUGCUCCCCCCGAAGCCUUUUAAAAUUCUUCCCGGACUCUGGGCGGCGUCCAGAAUAUGGAAGACUUCAGCAAAAAAGAUGUAAUUCCUAACCAACCAUGAAACCUAAACAGUUCAGAAGCUAAUCUUGAAUGCACCAAGCAAACAUAAGAUUUAUGCAAGAAAUGGGAUGAUUGCGAACAUUUGAAUGAUGAUCAGAACAUUUGCUAACACGUAAACCAAGUAAUUCAGUAUUGCUGUUUAUUGACCUCGGGCUUAGAGUAAACAAAAAUAUUUAUAUCAGAGAUCUCGUUCAAAGAAGAAAUCUUCAAGACCAACAAGCAGAUUUCCCUCUUUUUUCCAGCGUUUACACUGUAAAUAUUCUUGUGUUCACAUAUGUGCAACACAUCUUGGAACUUGGUGCAGAAUAUAUAGAUUCAUAGUUUUACUUUUUUUAAAAACAAAUACUCUAGUUUCUAUUCUUGUACAGAAAAAAUGAAAAUAUGCACAGAAUGCUGCUGAAGCUUCAGAAACCAAAUGGCAUCUCAUAGACAAUGAAAGAAUUUAUUCUUGCUCCUUAUCCACCCUAUCUAACUUUCUCUUUCUUUUCUAAAUCACGUUUGCUUUGAAUUAGUUUUUUUUCCCCUUCCCGUUUCCGCAAAAUAUUAUGCACUUUGUCAAUACAACUACCCCUUCCAAACAUUGAAUACCAAAUUAACCUGUUUAACUUGCUCACAUCUAUGUAUAGAUAGAUUUUUAAAUUGCCAUAUAUAAAGAACUCCGGGUAUAAUUGACAUCAAAUCAAUUCGUACAAAGGACAUGAAUAGCCAUAUUCUGUUUCAGAAUCAGUGGGUUACUAUCUCUCUGUGUUUGACUCUCUCUGGUAGAGAUGCUUAACAAUCGUAAAAGCUAAAAUGUUGGUUCUCAUCUAAAGAGUUUGGUUCCUAUCUAAUUGCAUUAAUGUCUCUAACUGCUAACAUGUUUAAAGAUAGCCUGAGACUGAUUUUAAGAUUAUUGUAAUCGAAGAAAUUGUAGAGACAAAGAAGAGCCAUGUAUUUUAAGAUAUUUAGCUUCAGGAUAAAUUAAGUGACUUUGGUGUGUGUGAAUAGAGAAGUGACACCUAAUCAGUCACUAUGUAUUUGAAUGUUUGUGGGAUCCUAUUUUAAUGACUCAGUUUAUGAAAUGAAACAAUUAUUAAUUUAUCUAGUUGAUGCAGACUUUUUCACAUCCAAGGACUAAGCCUUCAGCCUUGUCACUCAGUGAUAAAACAGUCUACUAGCCGGCUUUUGCAAGGUAUAAGGGGGAAAUUAUCAAGCAGAAUGUUUGGGGGAGAGGCGUUUCAAAUUUUUGAUGUCUAGGCUUCGUGUUAAAAAUCCACUUGAUACAUCAGUUAAAUCUGGUAUAUUUAAUCAAUUGUUUGGAUAAAGGCUUCUCAUCCUUAGGGACUUCACUAAGUAAGCAAAGCUGAAAAUGUGACCCAGUUUUCUGGUUUUAGAAAUGGCAUCUACUUCUCCCCUUAAAGUCCCAAGACUUUAAGGAAAAAAAUAAUAUUGUACUGAUGUUUCAGUUGGUGCAGGGGAAGAUAUUAAGAGGUAACAUUAAAUUUAAAAAAUGGGCUUAAAAUUCAGCCUCACUCACUUUGGGAGGUUCUGUGUUUUCUCCACUCUUCCCGUAGACCAGGGGGUCCCAAACCCUCCCAGUUCAUUGACUGGUACCAGGCCACGGCAUGCCAAAAAAUGGGCCAUGCAAACGAAAACCCAUCCACAGGAUGCAGGCAGCAUGUAAAUCCAUGCCCCCUCUGAUCCACGGAAAAACCUUCUUCCACGGAAUCGGUCUCUGGAGCCCAAAAGGUUGGGGGCUGCUGCUGUAGACAGUCUGAUGAGCAUUAAUUUUUUUUAAAAAUGGCCUCCCAUUUGCUUGUCAGCUUCAGCAGACUCACAAGUCAGUUUUAGCCUCUCUUUAAUUCUUUCAUCUCCAUUUCUCUUUUGGUCUAAUUCAAUGGUGGUAUUCUACUGGUUCCACCCGGUUCAGCUGAACUGGUACCUCUGACAAUCAUAUGUGAGCGAACCAGUUCACUCUGACGAUCAGCUGCUGAGCCCUCCCACCUGCCCUGGCUCUAUACUGACUUUGUUUCCUUCUUUUCAACCUCCGCUGCUUUGCACAGCAUAGCUGAUUGCCAUGUGUCAGCUGUUUUACACACAGCAGCAGGUGAGUUGCAGAUGCGUGUGUGUGAAGCGCGUGUGCGCUCACUCACACUGAACCAGUAGGAAAACUUUUUGAAACCCACCAUUGGUCUAAUUGCAGAGUGGAUGAGAUGUUAUACAUAUUUUGCUUUUUCAUGGGGCAAAAAAAUAGAAAGCUCUGACGUACACUAAAAAAGCAGAUAAAUAAAAUAAACCCUCAUUUAUUUACUGGUAAAUUCUUGUUCAAUAAAUCGAAGCCAUCUAGGCAACACAACCAUCAUUUGGUUGAAGAAUUCAAAAUUGCCGUUCACAGAUUUUAAACUUUCAUAGCAAUCCCUGAGUGUAAUCUUCUGAAAUAACUAGUUUUAAAUUAAACUUGCAAUUGGCCAGAACUUUUUAAAAAUGGCUACUAAAUAUAUUUUUAUAUAUGUAGUUUAUUUUUUAAAAAAUAGAUCUUAUAAAGUUGAUAGAGGAUUACCUGGAUGUAAAAUUUUGUAGAAUAAUUAGACAUGGGAUUGGAAAUUAUGAUUUGGAACAAAAUUAUUUUAAAAUGAAUUUCAGCCUAAAAGUUAUUUGGCUUUUUUUUUAAUGAAAACAACUCAUUUAUAUAUUGCUGCUGCUUAUACGUGUUGAGAAAUAGCUCAGGACACCAGAAGGUUUUAUAAUAAACUUUGUCUGUGACUUUCCAUUCCAUUUCCAAAGCAUGCCAAGCCUAUCCUUUCCCCAAAGCGUCUUUCUUCAGUUUCUUCCAUCAUGAGCCAAUGCUUAAUUCUUUCUUGUGGGAUGAUGUAGGAGCAUGGCAGGCAGCUGCUCUCCCCUUGAAAAGGGAAGAAUGAAAUCAAUGAAUAAAACCUGCAUUUUAGCUGUCUCUGAAAAAAAUGGCAGUCCGGAUUUGCCAAGACCUGGAAUAAUGUUUUUUGAAAUGUAUCCCAGCCAGAUUGUAUGUCAAAGGAAUGCCCAGAUGCAGAGAUGCUGUAACACUAUUAGGACUUCAUGGAACUAGAUAGCAAAAGUGGCUUGGGAAUAAUGUUAUUUCCAUUUUCUUUACACUAGGAUUUCCAAAUGAUGGAUUGUUAGAGGGAUCUGCAGAUGGUAUCUUGGUAUCUCUUCUCCAAGUGUUUAAGAUUAUGCAUUGCAACAUUGUUGGAUAAUUUCAAGCAACUGGAAGAAAUUAUAGGAGUUUUGGUUGAAAACAUCUAUGGUCACUGUGAUACUAAUUCCUGGUAGAAGUUUCAAGGGAAGAGUUUAAAAUAGAAUCUUGUCAAAUUUCAUCUUGAGUGUCAUGGUAGAUAACACUAUAAAGGCAAGCUCCAUAGAUCCACCUCCCCCCCCCGAAUUAACUGAUGUUUUAGUUAACCUCCAGUUUUGGUUUUGAAACUUUAGAAAUACUUAAAUAUUUCUCUGUACUUAAUUAUAGAGAUUGUCCUUCUUUCCUGUAUAAAUUUUGCAUCUGACAAUCUGUUACCUGCUAUUGUCUGUUCAAAGGCUCUCUGAGUUUGUUGCCUUCUGCAUUUUUUUUUAAUCAUCCUAAGUUGCCUCUCUAUCUAAGAUCUGAUAGUCUGUAGUUUCUGACUAAUUGCUCAGGCUACAGAUAUAUAAUAAUACACAAAGGAUAGCUUUUGUCUUUUAUAAUUUCUUUUUAUCCUGAUUUUUCCAAACUCUUUGUGGUAGGACUGGCCUACCGUAUUGGACCAUAACUAUCUUCUCUGGUGCCUUUUACCUGUUUUAUUAAAAUGUGGUCUUUAGGGCUAUCUGGGAGAAACAGAUAAUUCCUAAAAAGAUCCUGAUCAAGGAAAUGUUAUGAAAUAUAUUUUGGUUUCCCAUCCCCUUUUAAAAGGAACGGCUGCCAUAAGUUCCAGUUAGGAAAAUAACACACUGAAAAUUACUUCAAAUUCAGUGCCACAAACAUUUAUCUCUCCUUACACCUUCCAAGAAAUAUUUCUUUUCUCUUUAAAAAGUAGACAUGCUUUUCACAUAGAGUUGUUGUGGCACUCCAUAUGUUGGGAUGCAUUUACUUAGGAACUGAAAAGAAAAGUGCAAUAUAGAGAAUGGCAGAUAAUUUUGUACUUAAAAGAGUUUUACAAUCCAUUGAGAAUUGUAGAAUUGUAGGAUUGUGGAUUUUAAAUAGAAAAAGCUGGAUCCUCUCCUGAUGAAUUCUAUGAAUCAUUCGUGAUGAGAAAUUAUGCUUUCAAGCCAAGUUGACUUUAACUACAACUCUAGUUUUGUUACUACUAGCAUACAAAAAGUUUUUCAUUUAUAGACAAUGUUGUGCCAAACACUACAGUAUGAAGAAUUUGGGUAUUUAAGAAUCUGAGUAGUCAAAAUGUGCUAUAACAAAUAAAUAUAAUUAAAUACAUGAUCAAUAAAUUUUUAUAUUAGAUGUCCUCCUG